AUAUUCGAACUUUUACCGGCGCAUUAGACACAUUACAAUGACUGGGUUGAACUUCUUGCAGCAUAUUGUUCUGGCUAUUGUUUUAACCAGUUUCAUUAUAUGCAGAGCUGCAAACAUUACAGAUCAGAAUCAACUGUACGAUGACUUACAGCAAAGUUAUAAUAAAGACAUCCGACCUGAGGAAACAAAUGUCAUACAGGUAGUGAAUUUUUCACUUUCCUUAGUGAGCAUCAACCGGUUCGACGAGCUCAAUGGCGAGCUUGACAUGACGUCUAUGAUAACGAUGAGCUGGGUUGACAGCCGUUUAGUCUGGGACAGCUCCAAGUAUGGCGGUCUUACCUCGAUGAUGUUCCCGCCAAGCAAAAUAUGGACGCCACAAGUUUACAUCCUGAAUGCUUACGAUUUAUUUGAAGUUGAAAACGAGCAGUAUGUUCGUGUGACGUCGGAUGGGGUUGUCACGUGGAAACCGGCUCAACUUUUGUACCUUCUGUGCUCCGUGUAUGUUCUGUACUUUCCGUUCGACGUCCAGAAAUGCAAAAUUGAUUUUUCAGCAUGGGCUUUCUCUAAGGAUGAAAUGAUUUUGAAUUCUGAUCGAAAUGAAAUUGCCUUUGACUAUUACCAUCGCAACAGAUUAUGGCAAAUCUCAAAACACACUAUUUCUUACCCACCUCGUGGCAACAAUUCUGUACUUCGUUUCGACGUCUACAUCGAGAGGCGUGACACAUUCAUGAUCGUCUACGUGAUCAUCCCGGUCUUUCUCGUCGGUUCAUUAAAUUGUUUCGUUUUCCUGAUACCAGCGUCCGCAGGAGAAAGAACUUCCGUUGCAGUUACAGCGUUCCUUGCGUUCGUCGUUUUUAUGACGAUGGUUAACGGAAUAGUUCCGGCAAGUUCCGAUCCUGUAGCCUACCUAUUCUUUUAUAUGCUGUUCCUCCUUGCAUACAGUGGAGCAAUUAUGAUCAUGAGCAUAUUGUCUUUGCAGAUCUACGAGAGGGAAGGCAACAUUCCGUCUUUUAUAAGAAAGGCUUUCAUUUGUAGGAAAAAGAAAGGGGAAGUUGCACCAUUAGAAAAUGUUACCCCGGUAAAAGAAAUGAAACUAUCCGACACAGACCAAGACGAUGAAGACGACAGUGACGCACAGGAAGUGACGUGGAAAGAUGUCGGACUUGCAUUUGAUAGAUUUUGUUUCAUUUCUUUACUUAUAACUUACAUGAUAUAUUCAUGUAUUGUUUAUGCACAAGUGACCACUGACGUUGAGGCCGAUGGUCACGUGUAAAUUAUAUAUAUGACAGUGUUGUCCGAUUUUAUUAACCUGUCAAAUACGUAUUAAUUCAAAUGGUGUUAAUUGUUGUUUGAUUUGUAAGUUAAUUUAUACGCAUUUGGUUCUGCUUUCUGAAAAUAAAUAUUACCAUAUCUUAGAUAAUACAACAUAUAUUCUAACCCUAG